UAAUCCUAAUUUUCCCUACAAUUCCGUGCGUCAGGCUAUUAAUCCGUUUUUUUUGGCUUCUGCACGGCGCGCCAACAAUCUAUCGCGAAAAUUAUAUAUGGCUCAGGGCCGCACGGACCCCCCCUCCGCCCCCCCUGUGGUCUGGUCUGUGGUGGCGCGCCCGCGCGCUUUUCCGCGCGGAUUUUUCGCGGAUUCUGGUGGUGGAAGGCGUCAAGACUUGGCGCGGGCCUCCCCUUGGGCCUCUCAGCGUGUUCCUAAGGGCCACGGUCGCAAGAGCAAGCAAGAAGCCGAUGACCAAGGGCCCGGGGGGUACAGGCGGCACGGUUCAGGGGGUCCAGCCCCUCGCCUUUUGCCGUCUUCGGAGGCCUUCCGCUGCCGGUGCACUGCUGCGGCGGCGAAGCCUAGCGGAUGCACUGAGGGCGCAGGAAAGGAAACCGGGACGGGGGCGCCGGCGGUCCCGUGGGCCCCUUUUGUCUGUAGCCAUCUAACCCCUCAAGCUUGUAGGGUACAUGCAAACGAGAAGGAGGCAGCGGGCCCCUUGUUCCCCCUUGAGGCCUUCCACCUACUUCCCAGGCUUCCAGGGGACACAAAGCUCCUGGAAGGGGCCGGGGGUGGCCCCUUGGCCCCCUUUUGAGGCCUUCCUCCCCCGGCAGACGCCUCAAAAAGGGGCCCAGGGCGCCCGCCCCCCCCCGCUAGGGGGGGGCCGUCGCCCCGCGCCCUGGAACAUAUAUAGGAGGAAGAUGCGUUUAGGUGUUUUUGAUAUUGAUUCCCCCCCUCCCUCCCUAGCAUUCUUGCGCUCUCAUCCUGAACCGGGAGAAGACAUGAUGAGUCCACUCGUACAUCCACUUACAAGGAAGUUGUAUUUUUGAUUAAGUUUUUUUUUUGUACGUAACUCGUUGAUCAUGCCGUGAAUAAUUUCAUUUUCUAGAAAGCAAAAUAGAAGAGAAUUCAGAAUUAUGUUGUAGUACAGCUUUCAUCAUCGCUUGUUGUUGUAGUGAUUUUCAUUGUGAUUUGACUGCAUUGGUAGAAAAAUAUGCCACCUCCGCAAGGCUCCUCUGGAAGACCAGAGGACUACGACUCCGAGGAGGAGGACCGGAAAAAAAUAUGUUCCUACUGUUCGAAGUCCCUGUGUGCAUUUUGGACUGUCCCGUGCCAACACGCCGGAGCAUGCAAAAAGUGCGCAAUGCGGCUCGCAACUGGUGGGAAAUGUAAAGUCUGCGGUGCCCUUUUUGCAGGAUGGGAAAGAAUAUAA